UUUUGUCCAAGGUUUUUUUUCUUCUUCUUCGUCGACUAGCAGACAAGCAGAGCCAUAUUCACGAUUCAAAACCCAUCGAUCUCAAUCCUCCGCCGGAAAUCAUCACAGCCGAUCGCGCACGUCUACCGGAGAGAAGUUCUCGCCGCCUAAAGCCGAUAGCCGCAACAGACCGCACGAUCGAAUUUCAGAUUCCUCGAGUAAUUCCCCUCCAUCGCCGGCGUAUUACCUUCUUCCCGCGUGCAAUCUUCGCCGGAAAAUCUCCGAGCAGACCCCGCCGGUGACAGUAAGCAUCAGCAGCAACCCGUCCCUCACCUUCCUCCAUCGACGAGUGAGCAGCAGCCGAUCAGCAACCCUUCGCCGGAGAAGACGAGCAGGAACUUGAUCGGCCGUCCACUUCGAGUCUUGCCGAAGAAGAGAACCUCCAUAGCCGCGCCGAGAGGAGCCUGCUAGCAGCAGCGGUGCGAGAGUCGAGUUUCCAUGAAUCCUUUGACGCUGGUGAAGCGCAUCCAGAAUAUUAACAAGAAAGAAGCUAGCCUAGGAAUAUCAGAAGAGGCAUCAUGGCAUGCUAAGUACAAAGAUUCGGCUUAUGUUUACGUUGGCGGCAUUCCAUUUGACCUAACCGAAGGCGACCUGCUUGCUGUCUUUGCUGAGUAUGGAGAGAUUGUUGAUGUUAACUUAAUCAGAGACAAAGGCACUGGGAAAUCCAAAGGAUUUUGCUUUAUUGCUUAUGAGGACCAAAGAAGCACAAAUCUCGCAGUCGACAAUUUAAAUGGUGCUCAAAUUUUGGGCCGAAUAAUUAGGGUUGAUCAUGUGAGCAAAUACAAAAAGCUAGAAGAAGAGGAUGAGGAGACUAAGCAGAGGAAGAGGGAGGAAAGGGGCGUCUGCCGUGCUUUUCAGAAAGGGGAAUGUAACCGUGGAGAUAGCUGCAGAUUUUCUCAUGAUCAGCAGAGAGCGGCUGAUACUGGAUGGGGUGCCGAGGAAGAUAGACAUUCAAGGUGGGUACAAGAAGAUAGUAAAAGGUCGCACACAAACUACUCCGAAUGGAAGGACUCCAUGAAAGAACGUGAUUGUAGAAAUGAUAAGAGGUCAAGAAAGUAUGAGUCUGAGUCAUAUCACAGAGGUGACAAAUAUGGCAGAGAAAGUAGCAGUAGGUCGGGUCGUGAUAGCGAAAACCAUCGUGUUCGUGCGAGAGAUGGACAUGAAUGAAUUACACAACAUUGCUCACAUUAGUUUGGACAUGAAUGAAUUACACAACAUUGCUCACAUUAGUUAUCAACACACCCUGAUGGUUUGUGCCUUUUUGCAUCUUUUGCCUUGAGCUAAAACCAGAUGUUGUUUUCUUGAGUGAGGGCUAAGGAUAUAAUUGCCUUUGUGGGAUUUCUUUUCUUUGGAUUAUGCUUGGCUGCCAGAAUCUUUGGAGUGCAUUGUCCAUUAAAUUUUAGGCGAAUUUUGGUUUAUCCUACAAGGUAGUUAAAUUAUUGCAAACUUGCUAUUCAUCAUCUUUAUAUUGCAUAUAUACCCCAUAAUUAUUU